CUCCCAAAGUCCGAAACUUUGGAGCUCGAACGCGAUUUCAUUUUCCUGAAUUCUCGAGGCGAGGGCGGAGAAACCGAGCAGCCGAGCCAUGGUCUCGCUUCGCUUCCCUUUCUCGUUUUCUCAGCCCCCCGGGCGCCCCCGUCUCCCCCGCUCCUCCUCCCCCUCCGCUCUCUCCUUCGCCGUCGCCGCGGCCUCCGUGGCCGCCGGAGCAGCGGCCGCCGUCGCCGCCGGCAUUGCCGCGUCUCGGGACCCGCAACGCCCGUUGCUCGAAAGCGCGCGCGAUUUCCUCGUCUCCAGGAGCUCUUCCUUGCCCCUGUGGGGAUCGCUCUCUCUGGCCGAGAAUUCUCCUCCCGUCGUCGAGUCGAAGACCGGAGUGUCGUUCCCUUCGGUCGUCGGCGGGUCGCGGCAGCUCUUGGGAGUUGGGUUGAGGAGGAAGAGCGUGCUGGGGUUGAAGAACAUCGAUGUCUAUGCGUUCGGUGUAUAUGCUGAUGAUAAAGAUAUAAACAAGUUGCUCAAGGAGAAAUAUGGAAAACUAUCCAUUUCUGAGCUCAAGGAAAGCAAUGAAGUGUCAGAGGAUCUGAUGGAAAGUGAUAUCUGUGUAACUGUCAGGCUUCAAAUUGUAUAUGGCAGAUUGAGUAUAAAAUCUGUGCGCAGUGCAUUUGAAGAAUCAGUUGGAAACAGGCUAAAAAAGUUUAGCCCAGAAGACAAUAAAGAAUUGCUUCAAAGAUUUACUUCCCAGUUCAAGGAUGAGUUCAAAAUACCACGAGGAUCUGUGAUAGACCUGUCAAGAGACCGGGGUCAUGUACUUCGGACCACGAUUGAUGGGAAGGAGGUGGGAAGCAUAGAGAGCAAACUUCUUUGCCGGUCGAUUCUGGACUUGUAUAUCGGCGAUGAUCCUCUUGAUAGACAAGCUAGAGAAGAUGUCAAGCUGAACUUGGCUUCUUUUCUUGAAAAGUGACUCGUACUAUCUUCUGCUAUUUGUUUGCAGGAGAGACUUGUGAAGACGGAUCUUGAACAUACUCUAUUACCUGUACUCUUACUUUCUCGGCCGACCUAAAUAAGAGUUGUGUUAGACUUUAUUCCAAUAACUCAGGAGCUAUAAAUUAUAAGAAAGGAUUCGAAUAUAGAAGUGGUAUUUUCCUUUUUGGCA